AUGCUUAACGACGGACAGAAAGUUGAUUUGUAUAAGCUGUUUACUGCGGUUAAGGGUAAAGGUGGGUACGAAGUUGUUUGCGAUCGAGAGUUGUGGGAUUCGGUUGGGGAAGAAUGUGGGUUGGGUGUGGAUGUUGGUUCAUCUGUGAAACGGGUUUAUACUGAGUACAAGAGUGUUUUGGAGGGAUGUCUUGAGAAACUUGUUUCUGGUAAGGUAUCAUAUGAGCGUGUUUUGUUGGAAUCGUUGGCUGAGGUGAAAGCGUUGUUGUAUCAGACUGAGAAUCCUGUGGCUGGAGAGGAGGUUAAAGGUGGAGUUGAAUCCGAUAUGACGGACGUUGGAAAGUUGAGUGAGGGUAAUGAUGAUGCGAACAAAGUAGUGGAAGAGGUUGAGACAGAGGUCGACGCGUCUAAUGCGGUGAAGAGUGGUGAGUCUGGAUUGUUGAAUGGCGAGGGCCGUGAUGGUGGUCAUGGAAAAAGUUAUGGAUUAAAGAGGAAGAGAGAGCCUUUGCCUGAAAUGAUGAGUUGGAUAACUUGUGUCGCGAAUAACCCUUGUGAUCCUGAAAUUGGUUACAUGCCUGAAAAGCCGAGGUGGAAUUCUUACGAUAGUCAGGAGGCUUGGAAGCAGGUUUUGUUGUUUCGAGAGGCUGCGUUUCACAAGAAACAAGGAAGCAUUGAAAAGCUGAAUUGGCAGAAUCAGAAGAUGCAUCCUUGCUUGUACGAUGAUGCUGCUACGACGGCUUACAAUCUAAGGGAGAGGCUGAAACACGACAAGAAACUGUUGGUUGAAAAACCAAAAUCAGCUUCACCAAGCUCAUCAAAUUCAUCCUCUGAUGAACGUGUUGCGAAACAUUUGCGUGAUUCUGUGAGUACCCCUUCGAGUUUUGAGGUAUGGGCAGAUGCAUGCAUCUGUGUGGGGGAAAGUUAUCAAGCUCAACUGCCAGAGUGGACUGGUAUGGCUUCUGAAAGUGAUCCUAAGUGGUUUGGGACCCAGGUUUGGCCACCGCUGGAAGCAGUUAAUUCUCGCUUUCUUAUCGAACGGGAUCCUAUAGGAAAAGGAAGACAAGAAUCAUGUGGCUGCGCUGUGUCGGGUUCUAUUGAAUGUGUCAGAUUUCACGUUUCUGAGAGAAAGGCUAAAGUUAAGCUGGAGUUAGGUGCGGCUUAUGACCAAUGGCAAUUCGAUAAGAUAGGUGAAGAUGUUCGAAAAUUGUGGAACAUUGAAGAUGAGAAAAAAUUCACGGAAGUGAUACAGUCAAACCCUCCAUCAUCUGCGAGACAUUUCUGGGAUCAUAUUUUCCGCGCGUUUCCUAAUAAGAGCAGUGCGUCUCUAGUUAGCUACUACUUCAAUGUCUAUCUUUUGCAACGCAGAGCAUACCAUAGCAGACAUACAGCUGAUGACAUUGAUAGCGAUGAUGAAGAAUCAUUUUGUAAGUUGAAGAGUGUUUUCGGCCAACAGAAAUCGCGUGCCUCCGCCUUUUUGACCCCCAAGAAGCGGCACAGAAAGAGAAGAUAG